AUGCCGUUAGGGGCAAUUUCUAAUCGGCCAUUACCAGUCCUUGGAGCCAUUACCCUUCUGGCGAACGGUACUACAGUAGGCCAACGAGCUCCACGCUGUCGUUCCUGCUACCAGCCUAGGACUGCGGCUAGGGGUCUAAAGAAAGAAGAGGACGUCGCGGUCGGAGAAGCUGAGAUCGAGCUGAUACGGGGCGGGCAAAUUAAAGAGUCGAGAGGAAGCAAGCGAGGAGACGCCACCAUCUGGAGCGGCACGCUCAAUACCCAACAGUCCACCACUGCUGCUCAUUAUUCCUACAUAUUACUCGUUUUCCGACAAUGA